AUGUCCCUUCCUUCGUCCAAGAAAACACACAGCGAAAGGCACAAGCAGAUCCUAAAACUGCUUCUUCGUGAACCUGCCAAUAAGACAUGCGCUGACUGCAAAGUAGCCACCCAUCCUCGCUGGGCAUCCUGGAACCUAGGCUGUUUUGUGUGUAUUCGGUGUUCAGGAAUCCAUAGAUCCAUGGGUACGCAUAUUCUGAGAGUGAAAUCGGUUGAUUUGGAUGCGUGGACGGAUGAACAGGUGGAGCUGAUGUUGAAGUGGGGCAAUAGCAAGUGUAACGCUUACUGGGAACUGAAGCUUCCUGAGGGGUACAUUCCAGAUGGGUCUAAGAUUGAAAAUUUCAUUAGGACAAAGUACGAUAUGAAGAAAUGGGCUGCUCUGCUGAAACCUGAUCCGCUGGCGGUGCUGGUGCUGGCUCUGGCUCUGGCUCUGGCUCUGUCGCCUGCCCCGGUGCCUGUGCAAAUGCAGAAACUGGCUCCUGCUGUUGUAUCGAAACAGGCACUGAGACCGGUCAAGCCACAGCCACAGCUUGCUUCUGAGCUGCUUCUAGACGACGAUUUCGGUACGUUUUCACUGGCUCUGCCUUCUCCAGCGCCUAAACCACAACUUCCAACUAAGGCUGCUUCAUCUCAGCUGCUUCCAAGAUCGCAGCCUCCAGCCGUGCCUCAGAAAUCUGCCCCUGCUCCAGCCCCAGCUGCCCAAGCCCCACCUUCUAAUGGCCGUACAGACUUGAAAAAGUCUAUCUUGUCACUUUACUCGCUGCCUUCGUCGUCAAACUCCAACGUCUCUUCGUUUUCUAAUUCUCGUGGCGCCUCUCAGCAGAACUUGAACCUGGGCUUCAAUCAACAGGUGCCUCAACAAAACACACAGCCGCUCAGCGCAGGUCUAGCUGGCUUAUACGCAUCCAGAACGCCAGCAUCUCCACCACCAAGUCGUGAACCUGUUGGCCAGCUCUCAGACUCCUUGCAAGGUUUGAAUUUUGCACCUUCCACACUGAGCUUGCCUCAAUCAAAGCCUUCAUCGCAGCCUGCUCAACAAUCUGCUUGGGAAAACAAGUGGAAUGACUCGUCCUCUUCAGUGAACCAAUGGGCUUCCGAUACUGUUCUUCCUAAAACGUCUGUGGGUGCUACACCAGGCCAGUUCAGCCUGACCCUCGACGAUGAUUUAUUCAAAAACGUGUGGAGCUAA